CUAUCUCUAUCUCCGUGAAAGGGAAGCAUCAUUUCUCUCUCUUCACUUGAUUAAAGAAAGCGCUGUUCUUGUGCAGCAGACUGGUCUCUGCCCGAUCUGAUCCGGUGAUAUCCCUCUCCCUGAAUCCUCUCUCCCGAGAAAAUACAGUAGCAAAAAGCAAAAGUCUUGAGUGGGAAAGCGAGAAGCUUGAGAGAGGGGUUGAGUUUGGAGUAAUGGCCGGAGGGGGGUCUUCGGGGAGGUUGCCGACGUGGAAAGAGAGGGAGAACAACAAGAGGAGGGAGAGAAGGAGAAGAGCCAUUGCUGCCAAGAUAUACUCUGGUCUUAGAGCUCAGGGGAACUAUAAGCUUCCCAAGCACUGCGACAACAACGAGGUCUUGAAGGCGCUCUGUGCCGAGGCCGGCUGGAUCGUCGAAGACGAUGGCACCACUUAUCGUCAGGGAAGCAAGCCACCCCUUGGCGAGAUUGCAGGCACUUCAACAAACCUCAGUGCAUGUUCCUCGCUUCAACCAAGCCCACAGUCCUCAAAUUUUGCGAGUCCUAUACCAUCCUAUCAUGCCAGCCCAUCAUCGUCCUCCUUCCCAAGCCCUACACGCUUUGAUGCAAACCCCUCUACAUAUCUCCUCCCGUUCCUUCGCAACAUUGCCUCCAUCCCCACGAAUCUCGCUCCUCUUAGAAUAUCUAAUAGUGCACCAGUAACACCACCUCUUUCAUCGCCAACCUCUAGAGGUUCAAAGCGAAAACCUGACUGGGAAUCCCUUUGCAAUGGCUCCCAAAACUCCUUCCACCAACCUCUCUUUGCUGCCUCUGCCCCUGCAAGCCCAACACGGCGCCACCAUAUUAUGCCUGCCACAAUACCAGAAUGCGACGAGUCCGAUGCAUCCACAGUGGACUCAGGUCGCUGGGUCAGUUUCCAGACAGUUGCACAUCUAGCACCUCCUCUUUCACCAACGUUUAAUUUAAUGAAACCAGGGGCCCAACAGGGUUCUUUCCAAGAUGGUGUUGAUGGACAUAGGGGCCUAGACUGGGGGGCUGCAGCGGAGAGGGGAAGAGGCUCAGAGUUUGAGUUUGAGAGUGGCAGAGUGAAGCCAUGGGAGGGUGAGAGAAUCCAUGAAGUAGGAGUGGAUGAUCUGGAGCUUACAUUAGGGAGUGGGAAGACCCAUGGUUAAGCAUCCUGUUGAUGACAAGGCAUGAUAAUGUAUAGAAGGAAGGAAGAUUUCGCCUUGUAUGUUGGUUUAAUUGUGCAUUCUCCACUAUACAUGGUUUUCUUUGCCGGGAUGUGUGGCAUUGCUUGGUAUCUUUUGUGACUUCUGCCACUGUAGGGAGACUUGCAUUUGACAGUGGUGCACCCUAUCCUUUCUUCAUGUGUACAGUUCUCUCCCUAUGAGCCAUUGCAGAAUUGGAUAUUAAUUAGAUUCAUUUACAAAAAGAUCGAAUUUCGGACAAUCUUUCAUUGAAGGAAAGUGUUCCCAGGUUAUUAUUCAUGUGGUGGGAAAGGCUAAAGCGGGUGAACUUGGAGGUCUUCCUGUUGAUUAUGUUUGGAGUAUCUUCUUCAAUUCUUGAUUUAUUGUAGGAACCUAUUUGAAUAGACAGUGGGGUUGUCCGAGAAUUGUGUUCCUUUAUCAUUUUUGUUUUAUUUGGGAUUAAAACACAAAGGCAGAGGUUGCUAUUGUCUUAUUAGCAAACAAAUCCAUCUGCUUUCUUCCUUCGUUGGGCUAGAAUUUUCUAUAAGUUCAGGUGAGGUUUUUCAAUCAAUUUCCUUUUUAUUA